AUGGCGACGGUGACGUUCUCUUCGAGGGCUUUGUGCUUUACCCGGCUUCAACGAUUUGGUCUCCAUGAUAUUCGACCUCGAACAUCCCGAGUUCGCGUGACGGCCGUGGGAAGACAAUAUAACGGAGGCAGGAGAGGGUUUAGCAGUGCGAUCCCACUGGAAUCACGGCCCAAGAUAUCCUUUCGACUGGCGGUGUCGUCGUCUGGAAAGGGGCGGAGAUUCAGUCCGGACAGGAACUUCUACAACUUCCACCCGCAGGUUCACGAUGCUUUAGGAAUACAGAGCUCGAAUUAUUACGACCGGAAAGCCAACAGGCCUGAUAGUGGAGAGGAUUCAUUCUUCAUCAGCAAGAUUGGAUACGAUAAUGAGGCUCUUGCCUUUGGAGUAGCAGACGGAGUCGGCGGAUGGAGUGAAUCAGGGAUUGAUCCUGCGGACUUCUCGCACUCUUUCUGCGGGCAUAUGGCAGAAACAGCCUUGAACUGGGAGUCCUCCCCCGAGAGCUUACGAGCUAUGACCCUUAUGCGGCUCGGAUAUGAGAAGACAUUGAUGGAUAAGGCAGUCUUUGCUGGGAGUAGUACGGCUUGUGUUGGAGUAGCCCGGAAUGACGGUUCAGUCCAGCUCGCAAAUCUCGGCGAUUCUGGAUCGCUUCUCUUCCGCCUGGCUGCAGUCCACCAUUACUCCGUACCGCAGACCCAUGAUUUUAAUACGCCAUACCAACUCGCGGCCGUUCCAGAGUUGAUUCGACGGCAGUCCUAUCUGUUUGGUGGAAAGCAGUUUGAAGACCUGCCUCAAGACGCGGCAGUGACCAACUGCUCGCUACAACAUGGAGACGUCCUGGUCCUUGCCACGGACGGGGUGUUUGAUAAUUUGAACAACCAAGAAGUCCUUAAGUUAGUGACGACUCGAAUGAUGGCCACCGGGGCAUGGACCGGCACGGCAGAUAUGGGUAUAUCUGCGUCGGAUGACCUUGAAGCCCUGACGAAGCCUGGUGGUCUAAAAUUCGGCAACAACCGGAUAAAGCCUACCAAAGCAAUUGCUGCUUCUGAGGAGGAGGACCCUCAGGGCAAGGGACAUACCCUACAAGCACUUUUAGCCGUUACCAUAGCCGGAGAGGCUAAGAUUGCCAGCAUGGACUUUCGGCGAGACGGGCCGUUCGCAAAAGAAUAUCAGAGACACCGUCCAUGGGAUCACUACCGGGGAGGCAAGCCGGACGAUAUCACGGUUGUCGCUCUGGUAGCUGUCGAAGAAGGUCGAUCUACAUCUAACUCAUGA